GAAUAAAAUGUCUUUAUAUUCAAAUCUCUCUGUUCGUGUGGGUUGUGAAUAUUUGAAUAUUCUAGAAAUUGAACUAACAAAUACUACGAUAUCAAUAUCCCUAUAAUUAGUUUUUGUAUAUUUUGGAAGAAAAACCAAAGAAGAAGGCAAGAAAAGCUAGAAAAGCAUUUGAGUGGCAUGAUGCUUUUAGGCUGGAAUCUGAGACCGCCAACCCCACCUGUUAACAGUCAUCUAUGUAUAUCCUAUAUUCAUAGUCGUAGGGCUCUGAUAUAUAUAUAUAUACAGUGAAGGUGGGAUAGAAGGCUAAGAGGACCCAUUGCUUUGCUUUUUCCUCAAGAUCAUCACAAAGCUAGCUGUUUUUCCUUUUUGGGUUCUUAAGAUCUCAGCUGGAUUCAAGUUUCUAUUUUCAGUUCCUUUUCAAAUGGGCUCAUCGGAUCGUUUGUUUAACAGGCAAAGAAGUGUCCAUGAGAUUCUUGGAGGAGGUCUUGUUGCAGAUGUGAUACUAUGGAAGCGGAAGAAUGUGACAGUGAGAAUAUUACUAGUAACUCUUGCUGUUUGGCUGGUGUUUGAGAGAUCUGGUUAUACCCUGUUGUCGCUUGUCUCAAGUGUUUUCUUGCUUCUCGCUGCUAUUCUCUUUCUUUGGGCCAAAUCCGCGGCGAUUCUCAACAGACCUGCUCCACCUCUACCAGAAUUGCACCUGUCGGAAGAAAUGGUAAAUGAAGCGGCAACUUUCAUCCGCCUGCGUGUCAAUACGUUGCUCUCAGUAUCCCAUGAUAUUGCCCUGGGCAAGGAUUCAAGGUUGUUCUUCAAAGUAGCUGCAUAUCUGUGGCUGAUUUAUUUUCUUGGCGGCUUGACUGAUUUCAUUACCUUGGGCUACACCUGCUUUGUAGUCAUUCUUACAAUUCCAGCACUCUAUGAUAGGUUUGAAGAUCAUAUAGAUAAAUGUGUCAUUGGGGCAUACAAGAAAUUGCAGCUGUUAUAUGUGAAAUUAGAUGGGGAGUAUAUCAGCAGACUCCAGAAAUGGAUUUUGGAGCAGAAAAAGUUGAGCUGAUUCUUUUCUUUUCCCUCAACUUUUUUUUUCUUUUCUUUCUACAACAUUUUCCUUUCUUCUUUGUUCUGGAUUUUUUUUUUCCUUUUCACUGCUGGGUCAUGGGAGUGCUACGGGUGUGAUAGGGGGUGUUGGGGGAUUGUAAAUUUUUGUUCUUUUUUUUUUUUUUUUUUUUUUUCUCAAAAUGAUUUCUUCCCUUGCAUGUUUAUUUUCAUGGUAGAGCUUUUAGAUUCUGACUAAAGAAUUGAUGAGAAACAUUGAGAACUAUUUUGAUACAAGUUGUAUAAUCUUAUCUUGAGGAACAUUUUACACAACCACUGCCAUCGUGUUUGAACUUCAUGUUAAUGUUAUUUCCAAUUAAGGAUAGGGCUGUGGUGUAUCUUCAAAGAAUUGUUUCUGCUCCUUUGAGAUGAUGCAAUGCAAAUAUGGAAUUAGCUUCUAAAAGAGUAGGCAUACAAAUUAUACAAUACAUUAUUGUGCAUAAAUGGAGAUAAAAAUAAAAAAUAAA